AGCUCAGCGGCGGCUGCCUGCCUGCCCUGCCUGCAGAGGUUGGUCGCUCCGGCGGGCGCAGGUGUGCCGACACACCGCCCAGCCACUUCUCUCCAGGCAUCUUGGCAGCCACACUCCUCGGCAGCAACAUCUGGAAGAGGCGGGGGGAAAGAAACCCAACCCAAAGCCAAAACACCCCCCCACCUUUAAAAAAAACAACAACCCUUCAGGUAGAGGAAUAUGACGGCCUUGCAGCUGAAAGAGUUGUCACAUUCAGGUCUGUACAGGAGGAGACGGGAUCGCCCCGAUAGUGUCCUGCCCGGGUCACACGAAGAGACUCUCAGCAACAUGGCGAACGCGCUUGCAAAUGCCAUCUGCGAGCGCUGCAGGGGUGGCUUUGCCCCUGCCGAGAAAAUAGUCAACAGCAACGGUGAGCUGUACCAUGAGCAGUGCUUCGUCUGUGCCCAGUGCUUUCAGCAGUUCCCUGAAGGGCUCUUCUACGAGUUUGAAGGGAGGAAGUACUGUGAACAUGAUUUUCAAAUGCUUUUUGCCCCUUGCUGCCAUCAGUGUGGUGAGUUCAUUAUUGGUCGUGUUAUUAAAGCCAUGAACAAUAGCUGGCAUCCAGAGUGCUUCUGCUGCGAUAUCUGCCAAGUAGUAUUGGCUGAUAUUGGAUUUGUCAAGAAUGCUGGCAGACAUCUCUGCCGUCCUUGCCAUAACAGGGAAAAAGCCAGAGGCCUGGGAAAGUACAUUUGCCAGAAGUGUCAUGCCAUUAUUGAUGAACAGCCUCUCAUAUUCAAAAAUGACCCUUAUCACCCUGAUCAUUUCAACUGUGCAAACUGCGGGAAGGAACUUACUGCAGAUGCUCGUGAGCUGAAGGGAGAACUCUACUGCUUACCCUGCCAUGACAAAAUGGGUGUCCCCAUCUGUGGGGCAUGUAGAAGACCAAUUGAAGGCCGUGUGGUGAAUGCUAUGGGAAAACAAUGGCAUGUGGAGCAUUUUGUUUGUGCAAAAUGUGAAAAACCAUUCCUGGGUCAUCGUCAUUAUGAGAGAAAGGGCUUGGCGUAUUGUGAAACUCACUACAAUCAGCUAUUUGGUGAUGUUUGUUUCCAUUGCAACCGUGUGAUUGAAGGAGAUGUUGUGUCUGCUCUGAAUAAGGCAUGGUGCGUGAACUGUUUCGCUUGUUCAACUUGCAACACUAAGUUAACACUCAAGGAUAAGUUUGUUGAAAUUGAUCUAAAACCUGUCUGCAAACACUGUUAUGAGAAAAUGCCAGAUGAAUUUAAGCGACGGCUUGCCAAACGGGAACGUGAAGCAAAGGAUAAAGAGAAGCAGAAAAAGAAAAAGCCAAUCUGUUUGUAAACUUUUUUCCUUCUUACCACCAUCCCUGCUGCUUUCUUCUUUGGAAUAAAUUCGUUGAGUUUGAUAUGAAGCCUGUCUGCAAAAAGUGUUAUGAGAAGUUUCCUCUAGAGCUGAAGAAAAGACUGAAGAAACUAGCUGAAACUUUGGGAAGGAAGUAAAGACCUCAUCUGCUCUCCCCUUCCUUUGCGAAAAUCUUAGAGAUAUUACUUAGUGGGGUGAGGUGGGGGACAGGCUGUGGUCAGACAACAAAUGAUGAUGUAUGCCUUCUAUCAAACCAGAAUAUCAUAAGAUAUUUUGAUGCUGCAGUCAGACAACAAAUGAUGAUGUAUGCCUUCUAUCAAACCAAAAUAUCAUAAGAUUCUCUGUUCUCUUUACAUGUAUGCUUAUUUGUUGAUAAACAGACAAUACUUCCAGACUAAAUUAAAUAGCAGCUCACCUGAAAGGUUUCUGACCAAUAAUGUAGUUGUACUGAUGCAGGAAACCCAUUCUGUACACUAAUCUCUGUGGAAUUUUACAGAGAGAAAAUUUGCUUGUGAGCACCUGUGAAAACAAACUGUGCAAAUGUGCCCAGCUUUAGGGGCAUGAAUUGUCAUUUAUGUUAAUGAAAAUAUUAACCUUCAUAUUAAGCAUGCAGACAAAACUUGUUCAACUCAUGUUGUGAUUUGGGCAAGAAACCAAUGUACUUUGCCUCAUGGAAAAAUUCAUGCUUGGAAUUUCAGGCUGAGAAGUUUCGUUAAGGAGCCUUGUUUCAGAUGGUUUGAAAACUAUCAGAUUUCUAAAUAAAGUCACUGUACAAAUUACCUACUUCAGAUAGAUUAUGCUUACAUGAUGAAUGUUUGUACAUCAGGCUUAGCAUGAGAUACCUAUAUAAAAAUGUAUUCCUAUUGCAAGAAAUGAGCAUACUCAGAACUACUUGAAUUUUGCUAUAUUCCACUUAAAAUAACACAUUAACUUUUAUAUAUGCUUUAGCAUUUUAUUUACUUUUUGUGCCUUAUUCUGCUGGACCAUACAUAACAGUGUUCCAUUAAACAUAUAUAGUUUUAUUUUUUAUUUCAUAUUUUUAUGCAAAAACUAUAUAGAAGGUAUUUUCAAAAGAUAACAUACUUUGCCUUAAUUAUAAAGGAUGUGAGAAGCAUUUUAUUUCAAAUGUGAACAUCUGAAUUUAAAAUGUAGCUUCUAGACUUCAGUAAUUUUCAGAAAAAUACUGAAAAUGCAUAUUUCAAUUAACUGGCAAUAUUACUUUUACACCUGUGAGUGUAAAUAUGCAAGGUUCGAUCCUGCUAGGAUCUACUUCUUUAGCCAUCCUCAUGGACUGAGCUUACAAAUAAUCAAAAUUCCUUAUAACAUACAUUUAAUUCUUUUAUACUAUUGACUUCUGUCCAUGCAAAUUUGUUUUAUUUUUCCCUUCUUAUAGAAAAUACAGUUACUUAGGACUUCUUGAUGGUACUACAUUAUGAAGUACACAAACAUUUUUUUUAACUUUUUUUUGUAUUAGUGAUUUAAACAGAUUUUAUGUAAUUACAUAAUAGGAAGUAAAAUUUUCUUUCCUGUUUAUGAAAAAUAAACAUCUGCUUUCCACUGUCAUCAAUAAAGGUCAUGUUAUUAAACCUUG